CUCAGAGAGCUCAAUUAAAAGACCAUGUCCGCCAUCGGGCGUCUGCUGUCUUCGGUGUCCUUAUUUAAACCAAAUUCUCAAUGAAAUAGCAUUGUCCCGUGGCCUCCACAAUGGCCAGUUCGGUGAGUAGGGCUUUAGCUGCUACAGUAUCGGUGCAGUGUUUGGGAUCUCCAGCGCCUCUGUUCGUUUUCAUCAGGAUUGGGGUGCCGUUCAGGUGAAACUGGAACUCGGUCAUCGUGCCCAGCUCCGAAAGAAACCCACAGUGGAAGGUUUUACGCACGACUGGAUGGUGUUUGUCCGCGGACCAGAGCACAGCAACAUUCAGCAUUUUGUGGAGAAAGUCGUAUUUCAUCUACACGAAAGUUUCCCGAGACCAAAAAGAGUGUGCAAGGAUCCACCAUAUAAAGUUGAAGAGUCUGGAUACGCUGGAUUUAUCUUGCCUAUUGAAGUUUACUUUAAAAAUAAGGAGGAACCAAAAAAAGUGCGCUUUGACUACGAUUUGUUCCUGCACUUGGAGGGUCACCCACCUGUCAAUCAUCUCCGCUGUGAAAAGCUCACGUUCAACAACCCUACUGAAGAGUUUCGCAGGAAGCUGCUCAAGGCUGGAGGGCAACGGGAUCCUCACAAAAGAUCUUCAGAGGACUCUAAAGUAAUGGUAAUGCAGGAGGGCUCUACUUCUCUGUUCGGGCAGCAUCUAAAGCUGCCCACAUUACCCAGCAGCUCAUUAACAUUGACCUUCUCUGAUGUGAAAAAGAGCAAGUCUUUCCCAGGAUCAAAGGACGGGUCGAAAAGCAGCAGUGCUCUUACAACCACAAACAAUAUCAGCAGCAGCUCCCUCAAACCCCACAAACCAUCUAAGGACCAUAAGGACAAGCCUCCCAAAGACUCAAAGGAGUCCAAAUGUGCCUUCAGAGAUUUCAGCAAGGACUCUGGAAAACUCUGUAAAGAUUCUAAAAAACCCAAAGAGAAUCAACCAAUUCAGGAAGACCGCCCCAUUCCCCAAAUGGGAUUCAAGGAGCCCAAGACCACAUCGAAGGAGCAACGUUCAUCGGAGGGUAGCUUCUCAAGCUUGGGACAGAGUAAACGGCGCCCUGUGUUGGACAGUGAAGGCCAUGUUACCAAAAAACAGAAAAGCAGUUUUUCAGAGAGCUCGCAAAAGCAGCAAGCGAGUCCUAACUUGCUACAGCAUCUCCAUUCGGAUAAAAAGAUUUUGAAAGACAAGCCGCAAGUCCGGCAUAGUAGGUUACAAAACAGUCAACUUUCAGAGAAGAGAAAACCAUCAGCAUUACCGCCCUUCCAGGAUGUGUUGGACCCGAAUGACUCUGACAUGGAUGAUAACACAUUCACAAGAUCAGAUGUAAGUGAAUUUCGAAUUGUUAUGCUAGAACAUAACAUGAGAUUUAGUCCCUUAUUUUUCAUAAGUGGGUAGUUGUCCCUCAAAUUUAACAUCUGUU